AUGAGGCAAAACUUCCUGCAGCUGAAUGGCUCAAAAACAGAAGCCAUUCAAACUGGUACUCCCCAUCAACUUCACUCUUCUCCCAUCACCUCAAUCUCUCUCUUUGGCCACAGCAUUCCCCUCUCUCCCUCUGUAACCAAUCUCGGGGUCAAGUUUGACCCCCACCUUUCCUUCGCAAAUCACAUACAUCACAUCUGCAAAACUUCCUUCUUCCACCUCCGUAAUAUUUCAAAACUCCGCUCUUCUCUCUCUCUCCCGGCUGCAGAGAAGCUCGUCCAUGCCUUUGUCUCCUCCAGGUUGGACUACUGCAACGCACUCCUCAUCGGGAUCCCUGGCAGGAGCCUUCAAAAGCUCCAGUACGUACAAAACAGCGCGGCCAGGGUCCUGAUGAGGGUGCGGAAGCAUGAGCACAUCACCCCCAUCCUUCACACCCUCCACUGGCUCCCCGUUCACCUCCGUAUAGAAUACAAGAUCCUCCUGCACACCCACCACUGUCUCCACGGUGAUGCCCCCACCUACCUCACUGACCUCCUCACUCUACACUCCUCAGGCAGAACCCGGUCAGGCCAACAGCACCGUCUGCUCCCGCCCAGGACACGGCUCAAGAAAAUGGGGGACCGGGCCUUUGAGGCCGCUGCUCCCCGUCUGUGGAACGCCCUCCCGGACCACCUCAGGGCCCCACAGACGGUGGAAGCUUUUAAAAAGGGACUCAAAACCCAUCUUUUUACUAAAGCGUACUGCUAA